CCUAAGUCGGCGGUUUAGCCAAGCUUUCCAUAUCGCGGUGAUUUCGGCUCACUGAGGUUCUCGCUAGCUUCGACCAACAGCUAUAAGGCUGGCGAUAUCGGGAGACACCUGAUGAGACUCCGGGGUACAGUUUGGACUGGUCUGGUCCUAAAAGGGCGAGAAGCACCUGAGUCUAUGAACUUGCCAAAUGAGGAUCUGUGGGAUGAAACCAACUGCAGCUCAGCAGUUUGUCAGCAUCCACAAUGCUGGGCAUCUCUCCGACGGAUUGAGAGGGGCCAUCCUAGGAUCCUGGACUCACCCGGCAAAUCUUCCCGGGAGAUUGAUGAUAAACUCCCAACACUCACCAUUGUCAAUAUCACGGAUAGCUGCCUGUGGACCAAGAAGAGGAUGGCUCAGCGACAGUCACCAAAAUUUAUCUUCCCUAAGGAGUGGGAGCGGUCUUUAUUGUUGAAACCAGCUUCCAGGCGUUACAGCAGGUCUCAGAAGGCUUUCUAUGACAAAGGUGUAGCCAGUUGCUCUAGACCUCCUAAACUUUCAGUGUUGAAUUUGAAUGAGGCAAAACUUCCUUUCUCCGAAGAUGUCAGAAACAUGGUGGUAACCUGGGUUCCAGAAGAAGUGGAGAAGAGCGUGAGCUCAGUUGGAAAGACUUCUGCUUUUUCCAGGUGGCUUGAGAAGAAGAGGAAGAAGCUGGGAGAGCAUGUUAGAAGCCCAACAAGGGAGAAACUGGGUGUCCUUCAUGGAGGAGAGAAGAAAAGCAAGCCAUCUCUGUAUUUUUCUGGAAGGCAGUAUACGUCAACACAUUCGAGAAGUCUGGGGGUGACUGUGCCUCCUCCCUCCCCAGUGCACUUAUUUGACCAAUUAAGUUCCAAAGCCAUACCUCUAUUGACCCAAGUGGACAUGCUUCCCCGGGAUCUCCUGAAGGAAUGCAUUUUGGCACAUGAGAAAACCAUGGCUUGUCCUGAGGUAAAGACAGAGUUGGCCAAGAUGAAAAAGAAUCUUCCUCUGGAAAGGACCCGCCCUGACAGCGCUCUCUCUUCUAAGAUGUAUCUAACUGUGCACCGCCUGACCUUGCAAAGACCAUCAUUGAGGUACCCUGAACAUCUGAGGAAGCUGCAGUACAACCUGAAGAGAGACGAAGGAUCUUCAGGUUACAAGAAGCAGCAGAAGCAGCAGCAGAGGAAGGUGAAAACCUCUACUGAAAUGCAGGAGGCUAAGAAGACAGUCAAGAGUGAUGUGGAGAGAGAGCCUAGCCCAAGAAUCCCAUCAAGACAGGAAAGUGAGCAAAAGCAGAAGGAGCAGGAAGAGGAGGGGAAGAAAGUCAGUGUGAAGCAUGUUUCCAUAGAUAACUCAGUGACAUAUGACUUGGACACCUACUACACAGACUACUACACCAGCCCAGAGAGUCCUGUAAUAUUUGAGUCAGAUUACAAGGACAUGAGUGAUGUGGAUGAGACUAUGUUGGGAAUGCUUCCUUCCAGCCAAGACAGCAGUCCCAGGAGUAUGUCUGGAAGUGUGGACAGAACCGGCUGGAACCCUGAUCUCAAACUGCUGAGGAUUCUUCAGGCCAGUGUUGAGGAAGAUGAGGAGAACCAUCUUUCUAGGGCACAGAGCGAGGCGUCUCAGGAUGCUUAGGCUGGGGAUGUCAUACGGGGCAGCCUACCGGAACAGUUCUUGGUAUUUUGAGGACAAUGACCUUGGACAUUGUUCUCUGGAUUCCUCCAACAGGAUGAGGGCUUAGAGACCUUGCUUUUUUCACUUGCUUUACAACUCCAAAAUGAGUGAGAAAAAACCCUUAGUUCCGCUAAAUAUAGGAAACUUUUCCAGGGCAGAUUAUUUUCACUAUUAAACCCAAUCCCUUAUCAAAGGACUUGUUCUCUGUUUCCAGGAAGAGAGGAGGUAGGUGCUUCCUUGUGUCUGUUUUCUGGGUCCCCUUUAUUGCUCUGAAAUCUUUGUAGGGGUAGGAAGCUAGACUCAGCUAUGGGAACCUUUAUAAUAUCCCUACAUACUCUGCUCAUUCCCUGGAGAUGCCGUCUCUUGGUAACGGGGCCUGCACCAUUAUCAAGUGGGAAUCACUGUGGGCUGCUCCCACCUUUGAGUUCAUCUUAGCUACAAAUAAUUCAGUAUUGAAAAAAAGCACUAAAAAUCCAAAAAUUAUUUCAUUACACAGAACUAAUACUGAUCGCUUGAUUUCACAUAUCCAAGCACAUUCAAAUUUUCAUGUCUUAUUAAGUUUUUUUUACAGUUGACAUAUUCGUAUUAGAAUUCAAAUAAAAUUUAUAAGUUACAUUUUC